AGGGCAGAGGCCAUCUCAUCGCAGAUACGCUGCUGUUUUUGAAGUAAUUGUCUGUGAUGUAGUUCUGUUCAGUGAUUCCAAUUGACAUUUUGGAAAUUGUAACUAUUAAGUUGGGUAGUGGUGAGCAAAAGUAAUCAAAAUGCCCGAUGGCAAAGAAAAUAAGGACGGCAGCAAAAUGUACGAGAACUUCAAAGGUGGAAAUGGAAAGUGUUUCCCGGAAAUAAGAGCUGGUGGUGACUGUCCUGUUUCACCUCUGGAACUGCUUCAAACUUCUGUUGCCCAAUCAGAAAUUUCAUUUGGUUGUCCACCUGUUUUGAGAGAUAUCUCCAAUAAUUCACCAGUUACAUCGCAAAGUACAUCUCCAGGUGAUGUGAGCAGGGUAGUUGCUGAUCCGUGCAGUAGCUCGGAUACAGAAGGUGAAGUAAGCCUCUCUGAUGGCUUAAGAUUGAGAAGACUGUGGGUGACUGAGAAAGAUUGGUUGAACAAAGAAAUCCCUGAAUUACGAGAGGUCAGAGAUUUGUUGGAGGAUGAUGCAAGUGUUCUGGCAGAAGAGGAUGAUGGUGCUGGUUGCCCUUUGCCAAGCACGCCAGAAGAUGAACAUCUUUUGGACUGUGAGAUGACUGAAGUUCUGAAAGCUGGUGUGCUUUCAGAUGAAAUUGAUCUAGGAGCAUUGACACACAAUGCUGCAGAACAAGCAGAGGAAUUUGUCCGAAAAGUAUGGGAAGCAUCAUGGAAAGUAUGCCACUUCAGAAAUUUACCCCAAUGGCUACAGGACAAUGACUAUUUACAUGCUGGACAUAGGCCACCCCUGCCAAGUUUUUAUGCGUGCUUCAAGAGCAUAUUUCGCAUUCAUACAGAGACUGGAAACAUCUGGACACAUUUAUUGGGUUGUGUUGCAUUUAUUGGGGUAGCCACAUACUUUCUUACGCGACCUUCAGAGGAAGUUCCGCUUCAAGAAAAACUUGUAUUUGCUGCGUACUUUGCUGGUGCUAUAGUCUGCCUUGGAAUGUCAUCUGCAUUUCAUACUGUGCACUGUCACUCAGAGUGUGUGGGGAAGCUAUUUAGCAAGCUCGAUUAUUGUGGCAUUGCAAUGCUAAUAAUGGGAUCAUUUGUUCCCUGGUUGUAUUACGGCUUCUACUGUGAUUUCCAGCCCAAACUAAUCUACUUGAGUGUAGUCAUUGGGCUGGGUGUAACAUCCGUUGUAGUAUCCCUAUGGGAUAGAUUUAGUGAACCUAAAUACAGAUCUUUACGUGCAGGUGUAUUUAUGGGCUUUGGAUUGAGUGGAGUUGUUCCUGCUGUCCAUUACGCUGUCUCUGAAGGAUGGUUUAAUGCAAUUGCUCAAGCAUCAUUAGGGUGGUUGAUACUUAUGGGAUGUUUAUAUAUCUUGGGAGCUAUGUUUUAUGCUCUGAGGGUACCAGAAAGAUUCUUUCCAGGAAAAUGUGAUAUUUGGUUUCAGUCUCAUCAGAUCUUCCACGUAUUGGUCAUAGCUGCAGCAUUUGUCCACUACCAUGGUAUAACAGAAAUGGCUAUGUAUAGGCUAAAUGUUGGAGAAUGUCAAACUCGGGACACGCCAAUUGAUUCUGAAAUUCAUAGUAUCAACAGGCAGUCAUUGUAAUUGUUGGAUGUGUGAGACUGUAAAAAUAUGUGACUGUGGACAAUUGACAUGAUGGUCAGUACUCUACAUGUGAGAUUGGUUAGUGAAAAUGAUUCAGCAACUAAGUUGCUGAAGAUCGUGUUAUAAAGAGAAAGAUGGUGCUGCAGUCAUGGGAAAGUACUUCAAGCAUAACAGCAAAAAGAGUUGUCAUCGUAGUAAGCUGGGUGACCAGUAGUGGUCACUGUUUGGGAUUAAGACUUUUCACCUUCCAAUAUGUUUGUGUAAUAAGUCACUUGUGAUGAAUAUGACCAUACCUAGUGAAACACAAUGUCUCUUUUGGUAAGUUAUCGAGGCUGUUAUGCAACACUUAGCAUUGCACAUGUCUGUGUAGCAUUUUAAAUUAUCACACCUUUCCCUGUUUGUUUGCGCACAAGCUUACUUUUGCUGAGUCAAAGAAUUAUCAUGUCAAAUAUCACAUUGUUUGAAGCUUUGUUGUAGGCUAAUAUAUAUUACCCUGCAAGAUCUUUGUGCGUGUCUUUUAAAUCUAUAUGUUUUGCUUUGGUGUCUAAAGAAAUGUCAUUUAGCCCUAUAACUUAAGAUUGAUUUACUUUAUUUUAGUAUACAGAACCAUUGGAAUUGUAAACAGAUCAGGAGGUAUACCCAGUAGAUGUUAAAAAUUGUCAUGUAUAUGUUCUUAGUAUAAACUCUUACUACUUUACUUUUACAUGUUUGCCAUCACCAUUGUAGUUGUAGUGGUAAAGUGGUAUUACAUUCACUACAUAAAACUUCACAAAAAUAUAACUUUGUUUGAAACAUCAACAUAAAGACUGAGAGAUCACAUAAUAUAUGUGCUCAGUGUGUGAAAAUGUAACAAAGUAAUAUAUAUGCACACACAACAUAUCUAGAAGAGUGUAUGAUCUCUGAGAGAAAUACCAGCAGUGUAAUAGGAAAUAACUCUGCAAAAAUAAGUGGCACAUUUGUCAAACAUAUAUAUGUGGCUGGUUUCCUUCACCAUAAUUGUCCAUUCUGAGCAAGUGCGGUGUGUCUAAUAAACUUGUCAUCAAUGGGGUAUUAAACUCUAACCUUAUUUUUUGUAUGAAGUAACUGUAAAAAAAAUAUGAAUACACUUCUUGUGUAUGUAAGUAAAACUGUCUUCAACUCAAACAUUGCUUUCAGCACUGCUGUGCUUUCCUAGAAUUAGUCCCAUUGGAGGUGGUUUGUCUUUGUCUUCCUCCAAUCUUUGAACUUAGUGACCCUGCCAUUUAUAAGGUGACCUACAUUUCCACGUGGACUCCAGACCACAGUGCAGUUUGCCGCUUUUCACAUUAAUAAAUCUUUGCAGAGGUGCAAGAAGUGACAGGAAAAAUGCAGGAACAACUGGGGAUUGAACCCAGCACCUUUAGAUAUUUAAUACGGGAUUUACUGGGCCAAUGAGACUUAUACCCUUCUUGUAAAAGACCGCAAAGAUCAGGAGAAAGAACUACUUAGUCACUUAUUUAUUGAAAUAAAGUACUGUUGGACUAUUAUCUUAAGGUACUUUACAUGAGUAUCUAUGGCUAUACUCGGCAUAUCACUGAAGUACAUGACAGCGUGGGCAGUCAGACUGAUCUGCAGUGUCAGUUUGUAAAUUUCUUGUAUGCCAUUGUUGAAGUGUCUUGUAAUUCUGUAUCUGCUGUCAAGUUUGUGUUUGUGUUUGGGUUGGGGGGGGGGGAGAGGUUGACAAACUGCUACCUUAACUCACUGAACUCUAAAGAGAGGGAGAGGAGGCAGUGUGGCACAUGUGCCAUGGUAGAAAAUACGAAAACCACUGCUAAAUAAAGCACAGUAAGCUAAUAGGGUGUGAAAGUUGUAAUGCACAGACAAACAUAAAGUGUAGGUGAAAAUUAUUUGGGUUAGGCCAUUCAAACCAGAUGACGAAAUAACACAAACUGGCAUGUGUAUUGGCAAAUCUUGGAACUAGGCUGUUUUCCUCGCAAGCUAAUUGUAGGGCUGUAAGAUGAUCAUUUAUGGUAUUAAAAACUGCAUAUUAAUUUGACUUGUUUGUGAAAUCUAUUGUCGAAUAUUUGGAUGAACAGAGCUAAAUAAGGUAUUUUUGUUAUUUUAAUGGAAUAUAGAGCUUGAUGGUCUGACUUUUAAUUAGUGAAAAAUUUUAAAGAAAAUCUUGAGUUCUGUGCGUUCUUCUAAUCAAACCAGUUUCUAGUGUUCACUUUGAUGAUUUAGAUUCUAAAUUUAGCUCGAAUAAAUAUUCCAAUUAUACUGCUUGAUAACAGUAAAUUAAACUUUUUAUCUGCUUCAGAGUGGAGAAUGUUUCUUAACUUAUUCAGAAUUCAAACACACAAACUAAAACCACUCAUAAAACAAAAGCCCAUAAAUUCGUUCUUGUUAUUCUUAAAACUUCUUUGUUAGGACAAUGGCCUGAGUUUAGGGACACUCAGAUACGAUGUGAAUGUGUAAUUAAUGCUAUUGGUCCUGAGAAGACAAUAGGGUAAAUGAUUCUGAACUCACAAUAAACAAAAGAAUCAACUCGCACAGUUUGUAAUCAAACCACUCCAUGUGGCAAGCUACAUCCCCAGGCCUCAAAUUGCAGUCUGUUGUUGUGAACAGGUCUUUCAGAGUAAUAUGAUUAGAGUUUGCCUUAAAUGCAUUCCUAAUAUUAAUGAGUGCAAUACAGUGCACUGAAGAUGGAAACACAUCUGUACAUAGUUCAAACACUUUGUUUGUACUUAAACUGUGAAUUCAUAGCCCAGAGAACCUCUUAUUGACUUUUAUACUGAUUUUUGUAUAUAAUUGUGUGUUUCAGGAGGGGGGGGGCAUGUUUUACAGUAUAAAUGAUUGUAAAGGAAAUAACUAAAUUUUUUGACAACACAAUUUCAAGAAAAGCUGAUAUCUUAGCGUGCCCCUGGUGUUAUGUUUAAUUGUCGUGGUUUCUCUGCAGUAGUGUGGCAUUGAAACCUUUGUAAUUUUAACGUUAGUACAAUUAAAAAGUGAAACAUGUAUUCUGGUUUCAUCACUAUGUUGCCCUCCACAAUUUGAGUUCGCUUUUGCACAUUCUGUUUCACUAGUUGUGUUUUCUGUGCUGUAACUGUUGGUAAUGACCCAGCUAGAAUGGACAAAUUAAAUUGUUUGCAGUACUACAAUAUUUCAUAUGAGCAAUGACUGUGUUGCAUGACUCAAAUUGCCAUCACAGCAAACACAACCAGUGAAACAGAAGUUCAUGUUCUUGUUGUAGCCUGUGAUAGUUUGGGUUUUGAAUAAGGAAUGCUCCAUUUUUUGGUACAUCCUCUGCAGCUGAGUCAUUACCAACAGUUACAGCACAGAAAAUACAGCCAGCGAAACAGUGUGCAUAAGUGAACUCGAAUGGUGGAGAAAUGCGUAGUAACCCAACUUAAGUGGUUGUCUACUGAAAAGCAUCCACGUGAAUACCAAUUUCUUGAAAUGUGUAUGGUAUCUCAAAAGAACAUUUGGCAUAAAAUUAUUCUUUCCUCAGAAUGUGCCUAGACAUUAACAGUAUUUACACUUACAAUAAAAUAAACAGUUCUCAGACAGAGAACAAGAAAUUAGUAAAAAUCUUGAUGUACUGCUAGAUUUUUGCCACAACUCAUUGCAUUGAGAACAAACCUGUAAAAAUUUCAUGUAUAACUGUAUAGUGUAUUAUAUAGCAACUCCCUUUAUUAUUCUGUCUUAUAUAUUAUUCUGAUGUAAAAUUCUGUACAUGUGUGUAUAUUGGUUAUCAAAGAGGUGUUGAAUAUUUAUAUUAAAUUCUGUAAUGUGCAGUGAUAUUUAUUUAAAGUUAUAGUGACACUGUUCCAACAGUGAAACUGAAAAAUAUUGAUUGUAAAGUACUUAAAAGUGCUGUAAUUUUUGUGCUGUGAUGUUUCAUGAGAUGCUUCUCAUGUCAUAGUAAUGGAUAUUGAUUGAAAAGACAAAUGUGCCACAAGACAGACUGGACUACAUUAAAAUUUAUCUUGCAGUUGCCAGAUUUUGCCAAUUCUAACACAACAGUUCAAUCUCACUUAUCACUGUGAAUUUAAAACCUAAUAUUGUGCAGUUGUGUUGAGUCAGAUGCAUAAAAUUGAAAUUUGUGAUAAUUAAAUGCAAGAUCUAAGAGUAAUUUUUUUACAUAGCAGUAUCCUGAAAGUGGAACUUGAUCUCCAGCAUUACUGAUGAUUAGUGCUGUAUCUUGAGGUGUAAUUCAGAGAGACUUAUUUUUUCAGAUUUUUAUGUAUGGAAAUACUUAUUUUUUUAAUACUUCCCAAAAGUAUUUGAUUUUAAAUCAAUUUAGAAGUUGUUUAGCACACUGGUUUUUUAGUUAAGUGGUGAAGUAUAUACAUACUUGUAAAUUGUAGAGUAAAUGUUCUGUUAUGUCAGUAAAGCUGCAACUUUUUGUUUAAAAUAUUUGUAAUUGUAAAUGUCUUCUUUAAUGUAAUGUUGAGAAAGAAUUGUUUGAUUGUUGGAAGUAGUACAUGUUGAAAUAUAAUUCGACAGUUAUAUUAUUCUUGUUUAAUGUUUGGGCUGUGCUCUAGCAUAUUGAAGUGAUAGUAAUUUACUAUAUUGGAAAUAAAGAUUUUUAAAUAUUU